CCUGUCGAAUUUUUGAAAGAAUGCACUGAUGAAAAGUCAGAUUCAGAGUGCCGUAUCAAGUUCGAACAUGGUACAACUACACUAGCUUUCAAAUUUCAAGGCGGUAUCAUUGUUGCCACUGAUUCGCGUGCUUCAGCCGGAAGUUAUAUCGCAUCACAAACCGUAAAGAAAGUCAUCGAAAUCAAUCCAUAUCUUUUAGGAACUAUGGCCGGUGGUGCUGCAGAUUGUCAAUUCUGGGAGAGGGAGCUUGAACGAAUUUCAGUCGCAGCUGCUUCUAAAUUGUUGGCUAAUAUGGUAUAUCCAUACAAAGGAAUGGGGCUCUCAAUGGGUCCAAAUUUGUUUUAUGUUGACUCUGAUGGCAGUCGUUUCAAAGGUGAUACGUUUUCUGUUGGAUCUGGUUCAACGUUUGCAUACGGUGUGUUGGAUAGCGGACUAGAUUAUGAAUUGUCUACAAAUGAUGCUAUUGAACUAAGUCGACGCUCGAUCUAUCAUGCUACUUUUAGAGAUGCUGCUUCCGGUG